AAAGCAAGGAAAGAAGAACUUAGGAAAAAAGUUAUACAGGCACUAACGGCUAUGCUAGACGAGUGCAACCCCUAUGUCCAUCAAUUUAGAUCAGCACGUGAUCGAUUUGACACUAAUCCUGACCAGACAUUUCAUAUGCGUAUCAUUAGUAGUCGAGAGAAAGAUGGAAGAACAUAUGAUACUCCUACCGCAUCUGAAGUAGCUGCACUAAUUCCUGGAGAUUUCAAUUUGGACAUGGAUAAAAGAGAUAUUGUUUUGCAAGAGAAACAGACGGGAUGGCUUAAGAGGAUUAGUGAAAUUCACCCUGCUUAUCUGGCUCUUCAAUAUCCUCUAAUCUUUACUUAUGGUGAAGAUGGGUUCAGACUUGGGAUUCAAAAGAGGGAAACGGAGGCAACAGCAAAGCUAAAGAGGAAGGCACUCAGCAUGAGACAAUGGUAUGCGUUUCGUUUACAAGAAAGAGAGAAUGAGUGUCAUACUCUUCUCCAUUCGAGGAGAUUGUUUCAGCAAUUUUUGGUCGAUGGUUAUACAACAAUUGAGGCGAACAGGCUGUUUUAUCUUAGAAUGAACCAGAAAAGUCUCAGAUCGGACAGCUAUGACUCUAUCCAACAAGCUGAAAACUCUGGCAAAACAGAUAUGCAUGAGCAAGGGAGUCGAUUUGUGCUACCAGCAUCGUUUACGGGAGGAGCAAGAUACAUGAAGAAUAUGUAUUUAGAUGCCAUGGCGAUCUGUAAAUAUUUUGGGUUUCCUGAUUACUUUAUAACAUUUACGUGCAAUCCUAAAUGGCCGGAGAUCACCAGGCAUCUACAACCCAGAAAGCUUAGUGCUGAAGAUAGGCCAGAGAUUCUCUCCAGAAUCUUUAAAAUCAAAUUGGAAUCUCUCAUGACAGAUUUAACAGAUAAACAACUUUUGGGGAAGACAUCUUCGGCAAUGUAUACGAUUGAGUUCCAGAAACGUGGCCUACCCCAUGCACACAUUCUGUUAUUCAUGCAUCCUAAUUCCAAGAUUAGAACAAACGAUGACAUUGACAAAAUCAUCUCAGCCGAAAUUCCAGAUAAAGAAAAAGAGCCAGAGCUUUAUGAAGUGGUUAAGGACAUGAUGAUCCAUGGUCCUUGUGGAGCUGUUAAUGUGAACUCUCCGUGCAUGGAAAAUGGGCAAUGUUCAAAGCAGUAUCCUAAGACACAUGUUGAAAAAACAUUUGUGAACAAGGAAGGAUUUCCAGUUUAUAGAAGAAGGAAAGAGGGGAAUGGAUUUAUAGAGAAAAAAGGAUUCAAGUGUGACAACACCCAUGUCAUCCCUUAUAACAAGGAGUUGUCUCUUCGUUAUCGAGCUCACAUUAAUGUGGAAUGGUGCAAUCAGAAUGGUGCUGUAAAAUACUUAUUCAAGUAUAUUAAUAAAGGGCAGGAUCGUGUUACUGUUGCUGUUGAACCUCCGGAUAAUGGUUCGUCGAAAGAAAAUAAUGUGACUGCGCCUAAUUCUGAGACUUGCACAAAUACAGCUUCAAAAGAAGAGAAUAAAAAUGAGAUCAAAGACUUUUUUAACUGCAGAUAUGUAUCUGCAAGUGAAGGUGGAUGGAGGAUCUUUCAGUUCCCAAUACAUUAUAGAUCAACUCCAGUUGAGAGAAUACAAUUCCACCUACCAGGAAAACAGAUCAUUGUUUUUAAGGAUGAUGACACAUACGAAAAAGUGACCAGCCGAAAGCUCAUUGAAAAUACUAUGUUUAUGGGCUGGUUCGAAUUGUGCAAGGUUAGUGAAGUUGCUCGGACUCUGACUUUAGCUGAGAUUCCAACAAUGUUUACUUGGAAUAAAAAGGAGAAGAAGUUUUAUGAUAGAAAGAAAGGAUUUAGUAUUGGGAGAAUCAAUUAUGCACCACGUAAGAUAGAAGAAGCUUACUACAUGCGUGUCUUGCUAAACAUUGUUAAAGGUCCGUUUGAGGAUAAGGACAUAAGAACUUUCAACGGUUUUGUUUAUGAAACAUAUAAAGAGACAUGUUUUGCAAGAGGGCUACUUGAAGAUGAUCAAGAAUAUAUUGAUGAGCUUGUGAGGACAAGUUUUACUGGUUCGGCAUCAUACAUGCGCCAUGCAUUUGUGAUCAUGUUAAUGUCUGGUACUUUGUCAAAGCCUGAAGAGGUGUGGGAGAAAACUUGGGAAUUCCUUUCUGAGGACAUUCAAUAUAAACGAAGACAGCAACUGCAUCGACCAGGUAAUAUAUGUUCUUAUUUGAGUCUGAUUGCGUCGAUUCGGUUACUAAAAUACCACUUAAACGAUUUUGAACUUGUGACACAUGCAGAUCUUUGUUUGUCGGAUGAAGAAAAAAAAGAAGCAGCCCUUAUAGAGAUCGAAAAGAUUUUAAAAAGUAAUGGAACUUCAUUGGCUAACUGGACCUCUAUGCCACAGCCAAUCCCAGACAUCAUUAAUGAAAACGUGCUGAUUAUGGAUGAGCUCAGUUACAACCGGGAGGAGUUAAAAGCUGAUCAUGAUCGUGACUUUCCAAAACUCACUGAUGAGCAAAGGAAAAUCUAUGAUGAGAUUACCGAUGCUGUUUUUACUAAGAAAGGAGGUGUGUUUUUUGUUUAUGGGUUUGGUGGAACUGGAAAAACCUUCUUGUGGAAGCUGCUUUCUGCUGCUAUCAGAAUGAGGGGUGAAAUCUGUCUGAAUGUGGCAUCAAGUGGAAUAGCUUCUCUAUUGCUACCAGGAGGAAGAACAGCACAUUCUAGAUUCGGGAUUCCUAUAAACCCAGAUGAGUUUUCUUAUUGCAAUCUGGUACCAGGAACUGAUCAGGCGGAUUUGGUGAAAGCAGCCUCUCUUAUCAUCUGGGACGAAGCUCCAAUGAUGAGUAAGCACUGUUUUGAAUCUUUGGAUAGAAGCAUGGCAGAUAUCAUUGGAAACAAAGAUAACAGACCAUUUGCCGGGAAAGUAGUUGUCUUGGGUGGAGAUUUUAGACAAGUACUGCCAGUUAUUCACGGAGCUGGAAGGCCGGAAAUAGUUAUGGAGUCACUUAAUUCUUCUUAUCUCUGGAAGCAUGUAAAAGUUUUAGAGCUAACAAAGAACAUGAGGCUGAUGUCAAAUGAUCUCACACCUGAAGAUGCAAAAGAAUUACAAGAGUUUUCGCAGUGGAUUUUAGAUGUUGGAGAUGGAAAAAUUGGUGAUGGAAACGAUGGCGAAGCUCUAAUCACUAUUCCAGAUGAGUUUUUGAUUCUUGAUGCUGAUGAUCCAAUAGAUUCUAUAAGCAAAGCGGUGUAUGGGGAUGCUGUUUCUUUACUGCAGCAUAGAGAACCUAAGUUUUUUCAAGAAAGAGCAAUACUUUGUCCUACUAAUGAAGAUGUGAACAUGAUUAAUCAGCAUAUGUUGGACAAGCUGCCAGGUGAGGAAAAGUUCUAUUUGAGCUCUGAUUCUAUAGACUCUUCAGACAGGUUUUCAAAGAAUGACCAAGCUCUUACUCCAGAUUUUCUGAACAAAAUCAAGGCAUCUGGUUUACCUAACCAUAGUCUCAGAUUGAAGAUUGGGUGUCCUGUGAUGUUGCUUAGAAACAUUGAUCCUAUAGGGGGACUAAUGAACGGUACUAGACUCCAGAUUACAGAAAUGUAUGACUUCAUGAUACAGGCUAAAGUCAUUACAGGGGAAAAGGUCGGUCACACUGUUUUUCUUCCUAGACUCUCAAUAACACCUUCUGAUAAAAAACUGCCGUUCAAGAUGAGGAGGAGACAACUACCUAUUGCUGUGGCAUUUGCUAUAACAAUCAAUAAAAGCCAAGGUCAAUCACUUUCGGAGGUUGGUUUGUUUCUACCGAGACCUGUUUUCUCUCAUGGGCAGCUAUAUGUGGCUAUUUCUAGAGUGACUUCUAAAAAAGGACUGAAGAUUUUGAUUGUCGACCCUGAAGGCAAGCCUCAGCGUCAAACAAUGAAUGUGGUAUUCAAAGAGAUAUUCUCGAAUCUUUGAUUUUCGUUUUGCAUUUGUUUCUCAGGACAAGUUAUACUACUUCCAAUUUGAUACUGCUAUUUAUUUACUUUUAAGCAAAACAAUUUGUUUCAAAUGAGUUUUUUACAUUAAGGAUAUUGUAGGAAUUUGAACAAUUCAAACAGUCCAUCAAACAGACAAAAAAAAACACCACAAUUCAAUCAGCAUUCAUCAAACAAUCUCCGGUUUUUAUCCUAACUACCAGUAUCAGUUCGCAAUCUAAUCUAUACAAUUUGAUCCUUCUAAAAUGC